UGCAAUUUAAAGGUAAAAAGCGCGUCACAGGAAAGGGGGUUGUCCACAGGUGUAAAAAAAAAAAAAAAAACCUAACAAUGAAAAAAUAAAAAAACCGCGUUUUUUAUUUAUUUUCUUUUUCCAUCCCGCUAUAAAAAAAAACAUGGCUUUAAAGAGAAUUCAAAAAGAAUUAGCUGAUUUAACAAAGAAUCCUCCUCCUAAUGUGAGUGCAGCUCCUGUAGAUGAAGACUUAUUUCACUGGAGAGCCACUUUGGUUGGACCUCAAGGAAGUCCUUAUCAAGGUGGAUUUUUCAAGCUGGACAUUACAUUCUCUGCCGAUUAUCCAUUCAAACCACCAAAGAUGAAAUUCAUUACCAAAAUUUAUCAUCCUAAUAUUGAUGAAGAUGGUGCUAUUUGUGUUGAUCUUUUAAAGCCGGAUGUUUGGAAGCCAGCCACUAAAUUAGUCAACGUAUUGCAAGCACUCGUUGGAUUAUUAGAAACACCUAACCCAGAUGAUGCUCUAGUCGCUUCCAUCGCUGAAAUCUAUAAUGCCAACAGACCCAAAUUUAACAAAAUCGUGAAAGAAUAUGUCGACAAGUACGCUUCUCGAUAGAUUCGUAGUGUAAAUAAUAUAGUUUUUUUUUUUUUUUUUUUUUUUUUUUUAAAAACGUUUUGGUUCUUAAUUGCGAAUAAAUAAAAAAG